CUCGCUUAAGGGCUUAUGCAAUUUUCAGUUCACGACAAGGACUCCAUAAUCCAAUCCAAGAAUGACUGGUGCGUCCACUUUUAGUUCAUGUUUCUUCGAACGAGGAUGCUGUUUCAAGGGAGAAAGGAAGAUUCGUGUAGUGGAUAAGCGAGUCAAGAGGCUUACUUUGGGAUCUCAUGUGGCUUCUCCAUCUUCAAGGAGCUUCAGAGUUUUAGCCAGUAGCUCAGCACAAACUGAAAAGGAUAUUCGGAUUGGUCUUCUUGGUGCAAGUGGCUACACUGGUGCUGAGGUCGUUAGGCUUCUUGCAAAUCAUCCGCAUUUCCGUGUCACUCUGAUGACUGCUGAUAGAAAAGCUGGCCAGUCAAUGGAAAGUGUCUUCCCGCACCUGAGAGCUCAAAAACUACCUAGACUUAUCUCUGUCAAAGACGCAGACUUUUCUACAGUGGAUGCUGUAUUCUGCUGUUUACCUCACGGAACAACUCAGGAAAUCAUCAUGGGACUUCCCACCUCAUUAAAAAUCGUUGAUCUUUCAGCUGACUUCCGGUUGCGUGAUAUCUCAGAAUAUGAAGAAUGGUAUGGUCAGCCACACAAGGCUGUAGAGUUACAGAAAGAAGUUGUGUAUGGCCUAACAGAGAUUCUAAGGGAGGACAUCAAAAAGGCUCGACUGGUGGCUAACCCAGGCUGUUACCCGACUUCCAUUCAACUUCCUCUUGUUCCUUUAAUAAAGGCAAAUCUCAUCAAACAUGAAAACAUUAUUAUCGACGCAAAAUCUGGUGUUAGUGGAGCAGGACGUGGUGCAAAGGAGGCGAAUCUUUACUCUGAAAUCGCUGAAGGCAUUUCUUCUUAUGGUGUCACACGUCAUCGCCAUGUUCCUGAAAUUGAACAAGGAUUAGCUGAUGUUGCACAAUCAAAAGUAACAGUCAGUUUUACGCCUCAUCUCAUGCCAAUGAUACGCGGUAUGCAAUCGACUAUAUAUGUGGAAAUGGCUCCCGGGGUUAGAACCGAAGAUUUGUAUCAGCAACUAAGAACGUCUUAUGAGGAUGAGGAAUUUGUCAAAGUGUUGGAUGAAGGAGUUGUUCCUCGAACCAACGUUAGAGGAUCCAACUAUUGUUAUAUGAAUGUCUUUCCUGAUCGAAUCCAGGGAAGAGCUAUCAUAAUAUCAGUGAUUGAUAAUCUCGUGAAAGGAGCUUCGGGGCAAGCUUUGCAGAAUCUGAACAUAAUGUUGGGAUAUCCUGAAACAACGGGACUCCUACACCAGCCGGUUUUUCCUUGAACGAUGAUAAAGAACAUUUUGUUCUCCCGCCUUGAAAACGUCCAGAAGAUUUCUUACUGUUGCUCUCUCAAGCUGUUUGUUUCCAUUAUCUUCAGGUAACCAAUUUGAAGCUGUUGAGACAGGCAGGGUUAAGCAUAAGAAACAUAGUUAUAUGAUUCAUUAUGUAGGACAAAAAGCCUCUUCUUCUCUUACCAUUUACAAACCAAAAUGGUUUUGUUGUUUGUUUGUUUCUUUUUUCCGUAACUAUUGUUUACUCUGAUUAAAUUUUUCGUUUCACUCAG